GCAUACGUAACUGUCUACUAAAGUCAAGCUGGGAACAGUGACGUUAGAUGGUCAACCUCUGUUGUACUGCCGUAGGACUUCCUUAUCUAAACUUUUAAAAAAUCACCAUGAUGGCUUUCAAAGAAUGUUCGAAGCUAACCGGAAUACUUCCACAUAUUUUGUCCAAAAGGAAUUUCAUUUCACUCGCUUACCCUAGAAGAUCACUUUUGCCUUGCUCCACCUGCACGACUCAAUCUGUUCAUGUGCCGUCAUCGAAUGUCACCUUCAGCAGGGGAACUUUGUUGCGCAGUUACUCCUCCGCGUCGGAUACAGAAAUAAAUAUCUCCCGUGAGCAGCUGAAGCAGCUACUCGCUAGUCGGACGGGUGUGGUCAUCGAUGUCCGUGAACCAUGGGAACUCCGAGAAUACGGAAUCAUUCCUGGAACAGUUAAUAUUCCUCUUGGGCAGGUGGAUCUGGCGUUGCAGCUCAACCCUGAGAAGUUCAAGGAGAAAUACGGAGGAGACAAGCCCUUUCACUCUGACAACAUCGUCUUCUCCUGCCUGGCUGGCAUUCGCAGUAAAAAAGCCUUGGACACAGCUGUCUCUUUAGGAUACUCCAAAGUACAACAUUAUCCUGGUGGAUUUGAAGAUUGGGCAAAGAAUGAAGUAUUACCGACUAAACAUUGAAGUGUCGUUCUUUCACCAAAUGUCUGAGUGCACUUGUGCAAGCACUGGUUCCCGAAAAUGUUUCAAGUAAAGGACUGCAUGCAAGGAAUCAUUUUUAUAUUUUUAAAUGGUGUCAGGCUUUUGAGUUGAUUUUAUAUAAUGAAGGUUAACUGUCCUCAUUCUGGCUCUUCAUUGAGAAAUAAUUUUGAUUAAAGCUGUCAUUUUUGACCAGUGUCAGGAUCAAUAAAAGAAAGUAAUAUAUUUCA